GACAGCUGCAGGAGGAAGCGAGAGAACGAGACAGGAGAAGGAGAAAGAUUCACGAAAAAUGCCGAUGCCCAUCGUAUAGCUCACCACGCCUAGAGCAUCUGACGCACAAUAGGUGCCUCGCAUGUUCCAGAUUGCGCGGGGUACCUGUAGCUGGGAGUGAAGCUCUUGCAGGUAUUUCGAACACACCAGCCGAGUUUGGCUGGUGCACGAUGGUGACAUGGAGAUGCGGGCACCCCGGGUGCGGGAAGCACUCGUCGUACGGCGUCAAGGGCACAAAAGAACGGGAAUUCUGCGGCCGGCAUGCUAAGAUGGGGAUGGUGGACGUCAGAAGCAAGAGGUGCGGCCACCCCGGCUGCGAGAAGCACCCAUCGUACGGAGCUGAGGGCACAAAAAGGGCCGAGUUCUGUGCCUCGCACGCGGCGGAAGGGAUGGUGAACGUCAGUAACAAAAGGCGAGGGUGUUGGUGUGGGCACCCGCGUUGCACCACGCGGGCGAGCUUCGGCGCAGAAGGAUCGAGGAAAGCAGAAUUCUGUUCGCGACAUGCGAAGGAGGGGAUGGUAGACGUCUGGAGCAAGAGAGGUCGCUGCACCUACCAGGGCUGCGCCACGCGGGCGCACUUCGGCUUCGACGGCUGCAGGAAAGCAGAAUUCUGUUCGCGACACGCGAAGGACGGGAUGGUGGACUUCAGGACCAAGAAGCACGGCCGCGAAAUUAUUUCUGUGUCCGAGCAAGAGCCAUCCAGCGAGGGACAGAGGGGAAUGAUGCACGAACUUUUUGGUGGUGGCCAAAGCGUCUCCUCAGGACCAUCACCGACAAGAACGGGUAAUAGGGGCAGCAGCAGCAGAAGCGACGGUACGGAUCGGUUCGCCGUUGAACGAGCUCCGGCGGAAGAGAGGGAGGAAACAGCCGCUGCGGCUUGGCUGUUCAUGGGGCUAAGGAUGAAGAGGAGGGUUGGUGAUGUUGGCGGCGGCGGCGGCGGCGGCGGCGGCGGCGUUUUUUGACCUGUGGUGCAAAAGCAUUUUUUCUGCCACCGGUAGGUGUUAGCGCCAAGAGGGGAAUUUGGAGUGUUGUUCUUGGCUCAGAGUUUUCGAGCUUUUUCUCGAGCUUACUGCUGGGCGGCAACUCUAGUCAAAUAAAUCAUGUACAGAUGUUGUGCCACGUUUUUCCUGUGUUGAUCUAUGGAGAUAUUUUCUUUGUUGUGCCGUGCGACGAAACCUCGAGUGCGUCGCUUGAUUAGCGGAGUAAUUCGUUCCUAUUGAAUUGCUAUGCAUCUUGCGUUGCUCCUGUUCCCUGCGUUAAGGCACGAGCAUCUCUGUCGGAAGCAGCUGCACCUACAGCGGCACCCAUAGUUCGGUGACAUGCUAGGCGUUUGGCUGUACAACUGCGUGACACCGACCGGUUGAUGUUGUGGAAAUGGUCAGCACUGCUAUGUGACUACCGGGAUGGAGGCCAAUGUUGUGCGCCCGAAUGACUUCCGACGAUUCCAUCCGAACGUUGUUCUCCGAGCAUAAGCUGUCAAGACUGCAGAAAUGAAGCAGGAGUUUGUACUUUGUAGCUGAUUUCGAGUACGGGUAGACGUGUUUUGCGGGAACUCCGCAAUUAUAUGAGAUGGGAGGUAUGUAAAGAAACGAAGUGAGUAGGUUCAGGUAGCUGUGAAUUGUUUUAUUCUUCAGGUUUUGCGCUACAAGCUCAACGACUUCUCGUUUGUGUGUGUUGUGGUACAGCAGUCCGAGGUUCACACAUACAUCUGGUAGGUGGGGUUUGUGUUUUGUCUUUUUCGUUACUGAUGCAUGUUUGUCGUGGCUGUGGGUUUGCUGCUGCUGCUGCU